GAAGGCGUCGACAUCGCCCCGCUCGUCGUCGUCGUCGUCGUCGUCGUCGUCGUCGUCGGCUUCUGACGGCUCAGACAGCCGGUUCAAGGAAGGCGUGCUCAUGUUUUGCAACCAGACGGUCGAGACGUGGGGCAAGCCCAACUUUGCCGACCUGGAGAACAUCGAGCGAUCGUCGCAGAAGGGCCGCAAGGGCGCAUUGUCGGAGGAGGUACGGGCCAACGCGCUCAAGGUCCGCCAAACGGGUGCGUGCUUCUGUUGUCAUAUUCGCAAGGUCAAGUGCGACCAGCAGCGGCCCUGCAAGAACUGUGUCAAGCUGUGCGCCCAGGUGCCUGAGGCCGUAUGCUGGAAAUUCCCCGACUUCAACGAGAUCCUCUUCCCAGAAAUGAUGCGGAGCCACCUACGGCGCGACGAGACAGCCCGAUUCAUCGAAGAGAAUGUCGCCUCUUUCACCAUGGACGGCGUCGAGACCCCCUGCAGGGUUACGCUAUCGUCGGGGCCGAGCAUCGGGGCCAAGCUCGUCCUCGUGGCUAAGUUCUUCACCGCCCGGCACCCCGACUCCGAUAUCAAUCGCCACUGGUUUCACUUUGUGGACAAGGACAGUCAUUGCGUCGAGCUCGAGGCGCUGCGGUCCGCGCCCAUUGGCCUCGAUAUCGCCGAUGGCGCCGCCGGUGGAUCGCAGAGGAGCGAGCUUCGGCGCAAGGUCGAGGCGUACGUCGACGCACUGGCCGCGGACCCGGGCUACGGGCAGCAGGUGACAGACUCGAUGUAUAGAUCAUUUGUCCCGCGCAGGGUCCUGGCUCUCGUCCAACAGUAUGCCGCACAGUCGGGCGCGCCCAUUGUGCGUAGGGCGCUGGCCAUCUACGGCAUGCAUUACAUCAUGACGCGCCACCUGACCAUGACGCCCCAAUGCAUCGCGAGCCUGCGCCAGGUCAACCCGGUGUCGGCCACAGGUGGUUUCCUCACCCCCCGUCUGUUGAACCGCCAGAUCAAGUCCGUCAUCGACGACCUCAUGCAGCAGGAGGUCAACGCCUUGUUCGACGACCUCACCAAGCGUCUAAAGGGCAAGAGCCGCAUCCAGUGGGCCCCAUGCCUCGCCGCUUUCCUUGUGUUUUGUCUGCUGAUGGAGGCCAUCGAGGCCGCCGCUGACGCCUUUGUCGUCACUGACGACGAGAUCGAAAUCCGGAACAAGCGACCCAUCCGCUUCGGACCGCGGUACGCCUUCCAGAUCAACGACAGCAUCGAGAACAUGCCUUUCAAGCAAUUCGCUUUUCAAUUUCAUAACAUCUACCAGACACACUCGCGGGACGCCUCGGCCAAGUCUUUCAAUCCGCUAUUCGGCGAGGGGCUUAAUGACCUGGGGGAUCUGGACCCUGGGGCGUUGGAGAUGGUGCUCGGGUUGAGAAAUCUCAUGGAGUGUCAUUGUGAGUACCCCCUUAGGACAUGGAAUGAGAUGGACUGGCUCACCUGCGACCCGAUCCUGCCCAGCACUGGGGGUCACACAUACCCCAUGGACUCACAGGAUCAGUACAUCGGCCGUCUCGUGUCCAAGUUCCUGCUCUCCUUUGAGCGCCCGAGCUACAUCUUUGCUUCUGUCUAGUCGCGUCGCUUCCUAUGCAAGCCUGCUUCUUGAAUGUGUCAUGGUGUGACGAAGUGAUUCCAAUUAUCUUAGUGUUGUGGGAACAUGGGAUGGGCGAUAUGUCACAGUGAUGAUGAUGAAAGUCACACAAAACUUUGGGACAUAGUAUAAUGACCAAUAGGCGCUGGGAGAUGAUUUUUUUAUUUUUUUUUUGGAUGAUGGUUGUAUUAAACAAGGCUAUUCUCACUUGGAAAGAGUAUCAUCACUCUCUACGUUGGUUAGACAGAGAGAGAAGGAGUAGGGCGGCCUGCAAAGUGUGUAAAUCUAGGUUCUACGAAUUUAGUAGUAUGUAGGCAAAUGCCAUGGUUUUCCCCAGCCUCAU